UCAAGAAAUUCACAUACACAUUGAAGCGUAUGAGACGUACGUAUGAGAUUCUCAUGCUUUUAGUGUGUGUAAAUUUCUUGGACUAGUGCAGCCGGUUCAGUUAAAAGAAACAGACCAUCGCUUACACGCAAGUUGCACGUGGUUUAAAUGGUAUGUUCCGUUACAUAUAUGCUGAUCCAGUUUUUCUUCUAUAUUUGUUUACUUUAUAUAAAUCAUAAAAAUGACGUUGAAAAGUUUUCCCAGAGGAGGGAAGAAAGUUGAAGUUAAGAAAUCUUCAAAUGUACUGUUUGUUCAGAAGCCUAAAUCCAACAAGAAACAUAAAACUGAGUCGAAGAAGCAACAUAAUGACACAAUCGCGGAAGAAACAGCUUUUGUAGCCAAUACUGCGGGACGUUUAUCUAAUGCAACGUUAUGUGAAGGAAUGAUCCUUCUUGGCAGGAUUUCUAAAGUCACUGAAUACGAAUUAAUUGUGUCCAUACCAGGUGGACUUCUGGGACAUGUACAAGUCACAGAUCUCAGUGAAUCUUACACAAUUAUGAUACAAAAUAUAAUCAAUACGGAAGGUGUCCAAACAGAUGAGUUUAAAUCUUUACCAGAUUUGUAUGAUACUGGCGAUUAUGUGGUAUGUUAUGUUAAAAGCGUGAAUCCUGAUGGAAAAUGGUUGUAUAGUUUAUCUCUAGAACCUCAGUUCAUAAACCAAAAUAUUGAUAAUAGUUAUCUCAUGAAAAACACAAAAAUAGCAUGCAGUAUUAAAAGUAUGGAGGAUCAUGGCUAUGUGGUAGACACAGGCAUAGCUAAUGUCAGAGCAUUCCUUGCUACCAAGCAUGUUGACAAAGAGAAAAAAUAUUUUCCAGGUAAUCAAAUUAUAUGUGCCAUCAAGGAGAUAAAAACAGUCGAUCAGGUCUCCGUUAUCAAAUUAUUGGCCAAGAAGAAAAAAGUCGACAGUGUCAGUACACACGACAUAGAAUCCCUGGAUGCUCUAACACCAGGGACAAAACUGUCGCUUUGUGUAACGAAGGUCCUUACGAACGGCUUGCAAGUUACGUUUGGAAAAGAUCAAGUUGGAUACAUCAACCAAAUUUACUUAGACAAUCCUUUAUCCACGUACGUGGAUGACACAGAGGUGACCGGCACAUUACUGUACAUAAUGCCAACAGUGAAAUUCGCAUACUUCAGCCUGCUAACUGACGAGUCCGAGAAGGAAAGGCUGCAAGUGGGUGACGUUAUAAAGAAGGCCAAAGUAUUGUACAGAGAAUCCAAUGGGAUAAUAUUCAAGUUAACCAAGUCCCGUUUACGCGGCUUCGUCUCCUUACGUAGAACCGACGUGCCAUUUGACAAAGUCCCGAGGGAUUUCGAACGAGGCUCCGUGCACCGAUGUAGGAUACUUUCGUACAAUUGGAUGGAACAUCUUUAUGUCUGCACGAUGGAAAAGGAAACCUUGCAGCAGAGAUACUUCUCCCUCACAGAUCUCAAGAUCGGUGACAUUCUCACCGUCAGGCUCACGAAAAUCGACGCGAAGUUUAGCUUCGUGCACGUGCAGGUGGGCAAGAUUUACGGAGUCGUCGCGCCGGAACAUGUGUCCGACAACGGCCCGAGCGAGUUGAAUAAGCUGAAAGUUGGAGACAACGUCGAGGCGAGAGUCUUGAGCAUCAACAACGAGAAGCGCAAUGUAAGGUUCACGCUCAAGCGGUCGCUGAUAAAGAGCGAGCUGCCGAUUCUGCAGGAUAUCAACGAGGCGCAAAGCCAACGGAAAUACCACGGUACGAUCAACAAGAUAAACAAGAACGGCCUGUUGGUGAGGUUCUACGGCGACGUGAAGGGUUGGGUCCCUCGCACCGUAUUGGACAGCAACAUAUCCGACAUCAACUGGAAUUACACGGUGGGACAGACCGUCCGAGUGCUCAUCGACUCGGUGGAGAAGAACGAGAAUAGAAUGAAACUGAGGAUAAUCACUGGAGAACGGAAGCAACUGCAGCCCGUUGGCGUGAAGAUCGGCGAUCUGGUGGAAGGAACGGUCGUGGAGUCGUCCGUCGAAGGGAUACACCUGAGAAUUCGCAAGACGGACGACGAGGAGGUCGCGAUCGGCUUUUUGCCGGCCGGUCACAUGUCCCCGUGUAUGGAGAUCGGCAGUCUGCUUGCGUCCAAAUGCACCCCCGGCGACACCAUGUCCGCUUACGUCUUCUCCACGCAGCCGAGCGUCAUAAUGUCAUGCACUUAUGUGACGCAGGAGCAGUACAGGAGCUUCGACGCGCUGAAAGUGGGCGAUUGCAUUCCGUGCACAAUCAGGGACAUUUCGCAGGACGGCGUGAGAGUGAUCCUGCCGAUCGAGGAUUACUCCACUUUCGGGUUCGUCUUGUACAAGAAUAUCAGCAACUACGAGCUGUUGCGCGUGAACCAGAUACUCUUCGUCAAAGUCACGACCGUCAACAAGCGAGAGAAACAACUGGGGCUGACGAUGGCGUUGAAGGACGUGUGGGAGAGCCCGCUGGAGCACGGGACGAAGAUGCUGGCGGCGGUGGAUGUCUUGAGCUUGUACCUCAACAAACUGUCGGAACUGGCGACCAACGUGUUCUACAAGAACAAGCCGAUCUCGUCGGUGACCUUGGGUCAGAAGGUCUACGGCAAGGUCGAGAAGAUCACCGAACAUGGCCUCGUGCUUCGGUUGGACAAUCAAUUGACGGGUGUGGUGCGCAAAGAUCAUUACGUCACCGAGCCUAAGGUCGGCGACAAGGUGUACGGUACGAUCCUGUGGAAGAACUACAUCCACGAACUCGUCGACGUGUCGUUGUUGCCGAGGAUAGUGAACGGCAUCAGCUCCAAGCAGAAAAAACUGCCGCAGCUUCCUGAGACGAUCGUGCUGAGAGGAGAGAUCCUGAUGAUUACCAACUGGUUGAUACUUGUCCUCGUGAAACGCGGCGGUUCAGGAUACCUGCUGGCCCUGCCGGUCCGCCGGCACUUGAACGACCUCGCUCCCGACUUGAGGCCUUACGUGGUACACGCCAAGAUCCGGUUGUACGUGGUGCUCAAGGGAAACGAGUCCGACAUCGUUCCGAUCGGCAUGCUGAAGUCUGCAUUCGAGACUCCCAGAGCGACGGCUAAGCAGUCGACUUCCGGCGCGGACAAAAAGCUGAAGAGAAAGACGUCCGCGCAGCAGGAAGACGCGGCUUCAACGAGCGCUAAGAAACCAAAGGUGGAGGUCGACGACGGGGAAGCGGAUGACGGUGGUGCCGCCGGCAAGAGAAAGUCCAAAAAUAAAGCGAGUAAUAUCGACCGAGGUAAGACCGCCGCUUCGAAGAAAAGUGAGGCCAGCGGGCGAUCGGGCAAAGCAAAAGCCGAAGUGGGACGUGAACAUGAAGAAGAAGGCAGUAUGAAGAAGAAAAGGAUUAAGAAAAAAGUAACAGCCGAAGAGGAGGGGGUCAAGAUAAAGAGUAUAGACGAGAUCUCCGCGUCGGGCGAAGAUUCUACCGACGAGAGCAGCGCAGAGAACACACUGUCGAUAGCGGAAAGACCGCAUAUUCCAGAAUGCGGAUUUAACUGGGACGAUACGCCAAGCUCGACCGUGGUCCCCGUUAGCGAGACGUCCAGCGACGACGAGGAGGAGCCCGCGGAAGAGCCGAAGAAGAAGAAGAAGAAACCGAGCGCGGCCGAGCGCCGGGAGCAGGAACGGCAGAAGGAACGCGAGAUCCGCCAGCGGGAGGAGGCUUUGGCGAGCAACCAAAUGCCCAAUUCGAUCGACCAGUUCGACAGGUUGGUCCUGUCCAGCCCGGACAGCUCGUUGGUGUGGCUGCAGUACAUGGCGUACCAUCUGCAGGCCACGGAGAUCGACAAAGCGAGGGCGGUCGCGAGGCGAGCCAUCAAGGCGAUAAACUUCCGCGAGGAGAACGAGCAGCUGAACGUGUGGAACGCCUGGCUGAACCUCGAGUCCAAGUACGGCACGUCCGACUCCCUGAACGACGUGUUCCAGGAGGCGGUUAAGGCGAACGACGCGCUGAAGGUAUACACGCACAUGUUGAGCGUGCACGUGGACGCUGGCAGGCGGGCCGAGCUGGAAAAAUUGAUCACCACCAUGACCGGCAAGUUCAAGCAAGAUUUCGGGAUGUGGGUGGACUGCGGCGCCGCGUUCCUGAAGAUCGGGCUCAAAGAGAAGUCACGUCACGUCAUGCAACGGGCGUUGCAAUCUCUGCCGGCGUCUCAGCACGUAAACUUGAUGGUAAGAUUCGCGAAUUUGGAGAACAAACUGGGAGACAAGGAGCGGUCGCAGACUUUGUUCGAGCAGAUCCUGAGUUCCUAUCCCAAGCGUGUCGACGUGUGGUCCUCUUACAUAGACUGUCUGGUGAAAACCGGGGAUCUCGAAAUAGCCAGGAGAGUAUUGAAUCGAGCGGUCGCCCAGACGCUCCCAGUAAGGAAGAUGAGAACGCUGUUCCAGAAGUUCGUGAGUUUCGAGGAGAAACACGGCACGUCCGAGGACGUGGCCCGCGUACAUCAGCUGGCCGCCAGUUAUGUAGAGAAACAAUGUAGCAAGGAAUCGACGUAAAGUAUACAUAUAAAACACUUUGUACAGUACGACUCGAUGAAGAAAGAAAGAACGGAAAAUGAAGCUUUAUUUAUCGAAUAAAUCUUCAUUUGUUAAGGAGAAAGGGAGACGAAGGUUCGUCGAAGAUGUAAUUUCUUAGAUUUACAAUUCGUUACACACAUACGUUGAAAAUAAAUUUCGCUUGAUUUUGUCACCAAGACCGUUCGUGUGUCGUUCAUGAAACACGAGAUAGACGAAGGUUCGUCGAGGAUGUAAUUUCUUAGAUUUACGAUUCGUUACGCACACGUUGAAAAUAAAUUUCGCUUAAUUUUACCACCAA